UGCUCUCGACCGAGCAACCUCGUCGUACGAAGCCAUGUGGCAUCUUCCUAGCCUGACUGAGCCCAUGCUGACCGCGCCUCGCACGCUCCUCGACGCCGACUCGUUCGACGAGGAGUUCAAGACGCUCUUCAAGCAGACGCUGCAAAAGCCGACCUCGAGCUACGUCGAUGUGUUUGCCUACGACGACGACAGCACGACCGGCCUUCCGUCGCCGGUCGCUGCCGACGACAUUGAUGGCUUCUUCUUCAGCACGUACUCGCAGCCGAUCGAGAUCGACUACCGCCGUCGGCGAACGUGCUCCAUGGAGAGCUACGAAGACCGCGACUUGCGCAUGCGUCGCCGCGUCGCAUACGAGGACGACGACGAUGACGCGCUCUUGCCGUCGUCCAAGACGACCCGCGCCGUGGACGACGACGCCGACGACAUCUUUUUGCUCGAGCUCUAA